AUGUGUAAAGUAGCUAGAAUUUAUAAUAUAAAGACUAAUGAGGACUGGGAUGACCUGAAGAUUAUAACAGAUGGCUACACUGAGUUAAGAGAACUAAUAGCCUACUUGGAAGAGUUUCUUGAUGGAGAUAUGAUUAAAGAGCUGCAAGGGAAAUAUGAAAAGUUCUUAGUAAGGAAUGCACAAGUGGAAAAAGACAAGACUAAGGACUUUGAAGUCAUGAGUGAUGGAUGUUUGUAUUAUCGUGAGAGACUUUGCAUUCCCUACAAUGAAGAACUAAAGAAUGAUAUUCUUUCUGAGGCACAAUGCAGUCCGCUGACUAUGUAUACAGGUGGAAACAAGAUGUAUCAGAAUUUAAAGAGUCAGUAUUGGUGGCCUAGUAUAAAAAGAGUUAUCGCUGAGUUUUUUACAAAGUGUUUGACAUGUCAACAAGUGAAAGUUGAACAUCAAGUGCCUUCGAGAUUAUUCAAACAGAUAGCUAUUCAUGAAUGGAAGUGGGAGUGA